UCCUGACAGCAGUGAAGGCAUCACGUGCAGCUGCACCUUGGUGGGCGGGUCCAGGAAGAGGAAUGCACCUAAUGGUACCUGAAUGUUACUCUUCAGGUAGUGGAAAGGGUCGCCUUUAAUACUUUUGUCAAAACCAAACGGACUGAAGGGUGCUGCUGCUGCUGCUGUGGUUGCAGAGUGAUGGGCCUGUCGAAGCGAGUGUCAUUGUGGUCGGUGGAAGAGGUGUUGGAGUGGAUGCAGGACUAUCACCCGGCCAAGAUGGACACGCUCCAAAAAGCCAUAAUUAAACACGCCAUAUCAGGCCGUGUGUUGCUGAGGUUAAAGGACCAUCACCUGGAGCUCCUCGGGGUGGAGGCUGAAGAAGAGCAGCAGGAAAUCUUGCAAGACCUGCUACUCCUCAGAGUGCAGGAAGAAGUCAACGAACUCAACGACAUCUGCGCAGAGUGUUUUUCUUCAUAGCGGUAAAUAAAUAUCUUCAGGAGGACUGUGAGGGGCUUGUUUUUUUUCAUUCAUCCAAGAGAAGGAGGGAGAGAAGUGGGAGUGAUGGAAAUAACAAGACAAGGUGAAAGAGAAAGAAGAAUCGAUGAAGAAUGAAGAGAGAAAGAAACCCAUUUCCUGAGUGAAAUCUGACCUGUGCAGAUGGAUGAGAUUAGUUUUUGUCUUCUUUUUUUUUGAGCCCUGCUGUGCAUUAGUCUCUGUCUGUCUCUAUAGUGGGUUAACAUCCUAUCAGGAAAUAUUUUUAGCUAUGUAAAACCACUUUAGUCAAGACUGAAAUGUCUACUGGAUAGAUGGUAAUAGUCGUUCAUGACCCCAGAGGAUGAAUUAUAAUGCUACUCAUUUUUAACUCGCGAACCGUCAUCAAGUCCUUUUGUACUUUUGUAAAUGCACAAUAAAAAAAAGCCAAAAAGGCACUAAUAUUUCAUUUAAUGUAUAAAACACUUUUCGAUUACUCGAAUACACUUUAAGAAAUAUGUUUCAUACAACUUUAAAUAAAAGAAUUGCAAGAAAAUACAACAUGCAAUGAAUUUAGAGAAAAUACAAAGAAAAUAUAGGCCCCCAAAAAAGUAGGUUUUGGUCAGUUCAAGGAAUCCUCUUGUGAACGUCUUCAAAUGAAACGGUCCAAACAUUUCUGAAUGCCUUUUUAUAAAAUGCCCUUUAUUUAUUUAUGUUGCCCUUCUUGUAAUGUGUGUUCUAGGCAUCAAUACCACUCCACAUUUGUAUUGCGUACAGAAAAAGGUCAUGUCUGUUUGUGUACAUCAGUUCAUGGCGAUUGGUUGGAUUAAAAUAGCUGCUUUGGAAAGACA